AUGGAUACACUUUUCAUGAAGGCAGUGAGCAUUAAGAUGCCUGACUCCCUCGCAAAUUUCAUACAAACCGAUCCGUGGGCCGGUAGACACGCUCGUGCUACUUCUGUCAAACAAUCACCACCCACUAUCAAGCAAGUUCCAGCGCCAGCGCCCGUAGUAGCGAAGAUGGAGCAACACAAUGAGACACAAAACCUCUCCGAGGAGACCAAAGACACGAAUAGCUCGGGAGGAACGAAUCGAAGCAGCGGCGAGAGCGCCGGUGGUACUCGCAGCAAGGGCAAGCCAAAGGGAGAGUUAUCAUCCACGGUAGAUACUCUCCUGAAUAAGGCACUGGGUUUCGGAGCUGCGAGUGAGGCUGAGAAGAAGAAGAGCGCAUAUUUGUUUUGCUCGAAUGAUUGUCGUAUAUUCCAAGUGAACUUCGAGAUGUUAGCACGAUGGGAGGGUUGUUCGCGCCAUGCUCACAUCCUGACCCAACUGCGGGUUGAACAUGGGUUGUCUCUCUACGUCCUCACCGCUGCUGCAUCGACGAGAAAGCGAAACCUCUUUCCCUGA